CAUUUUCUACAUCUCGUAUCAUUGGUUUCGGCGCGCUCAACUUGAAUACAACGUCAAGGCAGCUUCUUUUGCUGAUCAAUUGUGAUAGGCGCCUAGGCCUUAGAUGCACUUUGGUCUUUGCAUUUGGAUCUAUAUCAUGGGAUUGUUUUGACUGAAGAAAGCAGAAAGCAACCGAUUUCAGAUCUGAUGUGUUUGCUGUAAAGUGUAUUUGAAGAAUUUCAUCACACAACAUGGAAGUUGCAGACUACCAGUCAGCCUUUGAAGAUUAUCUGCGCAACAAGGAGACCUUCAAGUGCUCCGAGAAAGAAAUGGAUUCCUUCCUGCUAACUCUACCCAUUACUAAAGAGAUCAGGAAUCGUUUGAAGAAAACCACUUUGGAAAAUCCUCCUACAACUCUUAAGGUUCAUGGUCAGACAGUAUCUCUUUCCAGUAGCUAUAUCAAGGGUAUAAAAGCGAUACAGAACAUUCUGAAGAAAGACGAAAGUCAAAAUAUAAAGUUGAGCUGUAUCAUCCAGAGUAUUCGGGACUUGAUGGGCAGUACCCAUAGCAAGCUGGUUUGGGAGAUUUCAACAAUUCUUGACAUUUCAGGUGAAGAGAAGGUUUCUCUAGGAUAUUGUAAGAAGAAGCAACGCUUAUGUGAUGCAAAAGUGAAGAUGCAUCAUUAUCUCCUGAUGGAAGGAUUGCAAGAUGUUAUUGCCAGUAUUACAGAAAAAGGACCAGAUUCUGUAGAGGAACUGUGGAAAUCUUGUAAAAGCAUAUCUGCUCCUCUUGCUAUGUCAAAAGUGGGCAUGAAUCACAGAAGAUUUGAAGUGACACUGAAGAGCUAUCCUGAAGUUUUCCAGGUUGAAGGUGGUAAAGUGUUCUUAAAUGGCAACCCACAAAUUACAUACUCUCUGAUCCUUAGCCAUAUGCAGUCAGGUAAACUUAAGCUCAGAGAUCACCUGUAUAAACAAGGUGCACUUCUGAAGAAUGAGCUGUUCCAUUCAGCCCCACAUCUCCUUAACAGAGCAGAAAUGCUUGCAAUGGGAGAAGGCAUGGAAAUGUUCAACUUUACUCUGCAGUCGCUUAGCAAUGACUUUCUUAUCAUACUUCCUCACAUGCUAGUUGUUGUCAAAGGAACAUCCCAGGUACAGGACAACCCAUUUGUAAGUGCCAUCUCCAAGAUCAAAGGUUUCAUCAGAAUUGCCCAAGGUUCAUCUCAAGCUCAGGAUAAUCCUUUGGUGAGUGCGGUCUCCAGGUUCAAAGAUUUUGUCAGAGGCAAAAAUACUGGAGACAUCCCUACAAUGAGUCAACUACUGGUAUUUGUCAAUGAUACACUGAAUCCGAGAGAGCAAGUAGCUGUUGGAAGCACUAGCCAGAAGCUCAGAGAAACAAUCACUGCAUAUCCAGACCACUUUGCCGUGAAUAAUGACAGGGUGUUUGUCAAGUCGGAUGAUGUCAUUCUUCCAGAUAUGAAUUCAAAAGUUGCACAUAAUACUUCAGUUACCAUAGAAGAUCAAGCAGGUGAUAGAGAUGGAUGUUUGCCAGAUCAGUGCUCUGAAUCCUCUGAAGCUCUGGCACACUCAAAUGCUCUUGAUCAAGAAAUAGAGUCACUUCAAAUUGAUAUUGAUGUAAGAAGUUCUGUUCUAAGUACUGAGGAUUCUGAACUGUCCCCAAACUCUGAUGAUUCUAGUCAGGAUGCUGGUACUCUUGGCACAGAAAAUGUAUGUACAAGCACUUCAAACAGCUCCAUCCACAACACUGAAAAAACAGGAAGCAAAGAAAACUUAGGUUCUGUUGAAGAUCAUGAAACAAAUUUGCCACAUUCAGAUAACAUAGAAUGCAGCUCAAUGCAGAAUGCUGAAGAUAGUAGAGACAAUCCUGAUCAAGACCAUCGUUCACCGAUCACGGAUGAUGCCGUAUCUAGCACUGGACAACUGGAAGGCUCAUCGAACUCUGAUGCCCUUGAUCAGAAGACAGGAUCACCUUGCACUGAUGAUGGUGUUUAUAGGCUUAGCUCUGUUCAAAGUGUUGAACUUCCUGAAGACUCCGCAGACUCUGACCUGUGUGAUCAAGAAACUGGUUCAUCCCAUAAUAAUAAUGAGGCAUGUACAUGUAGCUCUGUCCAAAACAUGGAACUCCCUGGCGGCAUGCAAGUCUCUGAAACUUCUGAUGGAGAUACUGAUAUGUUGUGCAAUGAUGAUUGUUUUCAUACUCAGAACGCAGACCAACGUGAAGACUCGGUAAACUCUGCCUCUCUUGAUAAAGAAAAACAUGCUCCAGAAACUGAUAAUGAUGUCUCCAACUCUAUUCAGACCACAGUUCAUUCUUCUGCAGACCUCAGAAACUCAGACCUGGCUGAUCAUGGCCCAGCAUCACCUAGAGGAGGUAACAAUCAAUGCAGCACUGAUCAGAUCACUGACCAUCCUCUAAACUUGGUAAAUUCCAAUGGCAAUAAAGACUUACUAUGUCCCAACAAUGAUGUAGGUAGCUAUGUUAAAAAGACUGAAUGUUCUGAUGAUGUCCCAAACCUGGACACUCUUGAUAUUGACACUGAUUUAACAUACCGGUACUCUGCUCAUGAUAUUGCACGCUUCUCUCAGAAGACCAAAGAUUUUGAAGAUUUCUCAUUUUCAAACAAGAGAUCUUCACUUCAAACCAUUAAUGAUGAACUUGAUGGGAGCUUGGAUCAGUCUAUGUCUUUAGGGCAAGACGAAGUUGAAUCUCUUGGGAGUGACACCAUAUCAGACUCAGAGUCUCUUCAUUCUGGGAUGAGUAAUGAAAUAGGGAACCUGGAACCAGCUAGUGCAUCUGCAGAAACUGAAGGCCGGGAUACAGUUACUGUUCUUCAGGAUUUCAACUAUUUUGGUGAACUGAUCAAAGAUUUUCUAAGCAAGUCAAUCUAUCCGAUACUUUCUGUGUCUUUAUUUGAUGGUUGGUUUAUUGUUGGUCUCUGGGAUGGCCCUACAUUUGCUAUCUCCUUGACCUUGACGUCUGGUGAUCAUAAGAAGGUGCUUGGACCGUUGGAAAGGUCCGCAUUGGAUUUCUUGACCAGUGGGUCAAUCUUGAAGGUUGUGUUUGGUAAGCAGCUUCUUACAGAGGUCAGUGAUACUAUUGGAAUCAAGAUGAUCAAUGUGUUUGAUUUGCAGGAGGCAGAAUGUCUCAUCAAAAACAAUUCCAAGAAAUCCCAGACAUUGCUGGAGUCUCUGAAGUUGUUUGGCAUCGAUCCUUGUCCUGUUGUAGAGGUGUGUAUAGGAACCAUUCAAGCUCCUAGCUCUGGUGAGGUAUACGGCAAGGAAGCUAUCCUCAAGCUCAAGGAAACAGCGAGAUGGACCAUGAAGCAAGUCCCACAUCUCUAUCAAAAGAUGUUAAGAAUGAUGUUACCACAUCAGAUCACUGAUGUGAGCCAACUAUACUGUAGAGAAGUUGAAGGUCUACCCUCAACAUCAAGCAAGACAAAAGAACCUUCUUGCAGUACUACAUCAUCUGGGAACAGUAACCAGAAUCCCUCUGCAUCUUCAGUAUCAGUGAGUGUUUCUCAGGAUUAUUCCCUUGUGACAUCUACAACAUCGCAGAAGCAUGAUCUAGUAUCGUCAGCGAAAGAAAAGGCCACUUCUGAGAAGCCUGUGUCGGUACAUAGAGUGUCCUCCACAUCUGAUGACUUAGUUGAACUUGAAAUUGUGGGUCAAGCCCAGACAACAAAUGGCCUAGUGGAUAUGGAGGAAAACCUUCAUCCUGAUAUACUGACAGGGCCUGGGCCAGAUUCCAUCUUACCUGCCAAAGACAAGGAAUCCAGGCCAGUCAGCUCCAUUACCACAUCUCGUAGAUCAGAGAAGAAACACAUAGCAAUGCCGCAAGAAAAAGCCACUGAUGAGGUCCCCAAAGGAUCAGUGGGAAGUACCAACCCACAGGCAGCUAGUGAACAAGAGAUGUCUCAGCAGUCAUCAUCAAUGGCCAAUGACAAAGUGAUCCACUACAAUGAUGCAGGAAAACCAACACUCAUUCCUUUUACAAGCAAGCUUGCUAACAAAGCCAUCAAUCCAUGCCAGACCACCCAUGAAUUAGCUGAAGAGUUUGAUGAGAUCGUGAAGCAUGACCAGGAGAAGUUUGUUGAAGCCUUCGGUAUCUGCAUCAAGUAUAGUUUGAAGACGCUUGCAGAGACAGAUGAAUCCCUUUCCCUUGAUCAACUUUCAGAGGUUGUCCUGGAUUUAGGGAGAAAACCAAGUGCAAGGUAUUACCAACCAGAGCACCCGGGUCAGCUGAAAAUAAGGACUCUUACCGACAAACAACUAACAAAGCAAGAUCUGAAAGAUUUUGUGAAAAAACACUGUUCACCUGUAUCAGGUGAUCGUAAAACUUCAAUCAAAGAUACACUCCACAGAGUAGGGAUUAUAUACAAUCGUAGGAAAGAACCAAUAGGACUAACAGCAUUGACAAGGCAUGCAGUCCUAGGAUGUGCAACCCCUCUCUUUGACCUCAUGAACCAGGGACAGUCCAUUCUAAUCAUAGGGAAUCCUGGUGUUGGAAAAAGUACCAUAUUGAGGGAAGCAGCCAGGGUGAUAAAUGACGUUGCAAUGAGGCGUGUGGUCGUUGUUGACACAUACAAUGAGAUUACCGGUGAUGGGGAUGUGCCACAUCCGGCUAUAGGUGGGGCCAGGCGUGUUCAGAUUCCAGGUUGGGGUUCACAGUCUAAUAUGAUAAAGGAAGUAGUGCGGAAUCACAGCCCUUUGACACUUGUCAUUGAUGAAGUCGCGACUGAAGCGGAUGCUGCAGCGGUCCUGGCUACCAGACAGAGGGGUAUCCAAGUCAUUGCUGCAGUUCCUGGACAGACCCUCCAGGAUGUCAUCCUCAACCCCAAUCUAAAGCACCUCUCUGGGGCAAUUCAGAACAUGGUCUUUGGCCAUCCCGGUCAGCAGGUUGUUGCUGGACACACUGCGAUGCAGAGGACACAGCCAGCAGCCUUUGACAUCCUGGUGGAGAUGUAUGAUCGAUACCGCUGGAUCGUGCAUAUGGACUUCACACGAGCCAUUGACCUCUGCCUUCAGAGAGUACCAGUCGGUGUUCAGGAGAGAAGAGUGUUCAUGAAAGAAAUAUCAGAAGAUACCAAAGGAGUUCCUCAAGUGGUAGUGAAAAACCUUGUGGUUACUUAUCCCCUAUAGUCAGAGAAUUUAUCUGUACUGUUUCAUGAACUAUUUUAUUACACUAAUCUGCUCAGUUUGAGUUGAUUGGAUAGGAGAUUAAGGUUAGUUUUCUAGUGGGAAGAAAUUAAAAUCACAUGAAUUUUGAAGUAGUAGACAAGCAAUGAACUUUUAAGUAGACCUUUAACAAAUGUUUAACUUAUGUGAAGUUGAUGAAUGUAGAGUUUACUGAAUUAAAUUCCUUGGUAUUCAAUCAUUCCAUUAUUAUAAGUAGGAGUAUUAUUAUUAGUAAUAGUAGUAUUAAUAUUAGUAUAAUUAUAGUAUUAGUAUGAUUAUUAGUAUUAGCAUGAGCAUUAGUUCUAAUUCUUUCAUCUACAAUUUUUUUUUCCAGUUUGCAUUUAAUGACUUUUGUAAUAGAUUAUUAAGAGGAUACCCAUAGCAUAGAAUCGUAAGAAAAUGACUUUGAAAUGUAUGCAGAUUUUGUGGACAUAGUUGUGGUUAUUUCAUUUAAUGAACAAUUCACAGAGAAAGGUCCAACAACAAAUGUGCAGUGAAGUUGGUUUCACGGUACACCUUGUAUUUUUUGUGGGCAAUUGUUGGUCCUGAAUAAUACCUCCAAACUUGACAUUUCGACAAGUGUGUUCUUGUCAUCUUCAGGAGAUUGUGCACUUUUGACACUCAAUUCACGAUUACCGGUAUGCAAGAAAUCUGCACUGUCCAUAAUUUUUAUACUCCCUCCCACUUUGUAAAUUCAGACUAAUAAGCUUUGGUUAUGGUCUAUGAGGUAUCGUGAUUGUCCUGAUUUUGUUUUUUCUUUAUUAUUUUGUGCAUUUCUUGUAUUUAUAUUAAUGUGAUGGCACAAGAUAGUUGGGAACAUAUUUGAUGUAUUGUUACUGUCAAGAUUAGCAGACAACUUUGUUCAAUCAUUCCAGUGUACAUUGAAGUGAGACUGUGGUCAAUUUUUUGGGGGGUCUGGAAUCCACUGUCCAAGACUGAUUAAUAAGUUCUGGACUUUAAUAAGGGUGAUACAUUUAGAGGGUGUCAUGGCGGUGCAUGGGCACUUAUGCAAUGACUGAAAGUCCACUCCUUGUGAAACACACUUGCCAGUAUUUUGAAAAUAUGAUGUCUCUCAUUUCUAUCUUAAUUUCAUAUUAUUAGAAAUAGCGAUACAAUGCUCUGCCUCUUUCCUCUUGUAUUCUGGUUCACCCUCUGCUCUACAAUUGAAGCACAUAGCACAAGUGACAUUUCCUGUGAAAUUGAAAAUAGUCUACCUAUUAUUUACUGCCAAACAUAUCUCUUAGUACUAGGAUGGUUGUUCAUUCAUGAAAUAUCAACUCAAUAGCCCAAAUUCUCCAAAGGGAUUUUGAAUGCAUGGUUUAUUGCAUAAAAUUAAGAAAAAGAACAGCAGACUAAUUAAUCAAAACAAUUGCAAUUUCGUCUAUUGCCAACUCGUUCACUCAUCACAUGGUCUAUCUUCAUUUAGUAUAAUGCCAUUCUGUCCAUCUACAUUUUGUCUAUCAACCAUUUAGUCCAUUUACCAUUUGGUCUAAUAAUCACUUUGUCUAAUUACCAGUUCGUCUAUGACCAUCUCAUAACCAGUUGGUGUAAUACCCAUUUUCUUUUCAUUUAUUUCGCCAAAUAGUCGGAUUAGACCAAAUGGUAUAUGGACUAAAUAGCUAUUGGACCAAGUGGUUAUUAGACAAGAUGAUGGGUGGACGAAAUGGCAAUUAUACCAUAUAGAUAGUGGACUGAUGGUAGACAAAUUGAUAGAUGAGAUGGUAAUUGGACGAAUUGGGAUUAGAAAUUAGAAAUUAAUUUUGUAGGGCACCAGCUUGCACAACUCGUACCCAUCAUGCAGUGCCACUUUAAAUGUUAUGAUAGAUAAACAAAAUAGGCCAAAGAAGGGACAAUACUGUUCCAUUUUGUGGUAUAUCUUAUCUUGUAACAGAAAAUGACAACAUGUGUUACCUAUGAAUUACCAAGUUUUAAUGCUUUGUGUGCUUCUGUAUAUAUACAUAUUUGUGUAUACAUGUAUGUACUUACAUCUUACAAUACUUAUGUAUUUACAUCUAAAAAAAAAUGUCUUCCACUGCCAAUUGUCCAACCAUGGAAUCUUUGUUAAUUCAGGUAUUGAAGUGAUUUGUUAUGGUUUAGUGUGUAAAAAAGAUCAAGUAUUUCAAGUAAUCAUGUAAGUUAUACUACUAGUACAUGUAAUUGGACAUAUAUUUUUGAUAACCAUGUUGUGCCUCACUGCAAUAUGAUAAUGAGUAUUAAAUAGAAUAGCUGAAUACAGUUUUCAGCCUUUAUAUCACUCAGUUAUGUUAAAAAUCAAACAAAAUACAGUAUUGCCAUUCAGUAUGCAGAGAUUGAUAAUACUGUUCAGGUGAAUAUAUGUGUUUAUUUUGUGAAGUAUGUUUGAUGGUUAAAUGGUUUUGUCUGGUUUUUUGUGGGACAUGGGCGUUCUCUCAAUAUUUGAUAUUUUUGUUCAGUUACGCUGUGGAGUUUUUUGUUUGGUGUCUGGGUUACAAUACUUUGAAUUUAUAAUGUACAUUCAUUCUCCAUCUAUGUUCAUCAUUACAUGUCUAGUUGUAUGUAAGUCUUCCAUUCUAAUUGAUGUACAUUGUCUUCCGACAGCUAAGGUGUCAACUAUGAAAUGAUUGUGAUAUAUCUUGUCAAAGGGUCUAGAUUUAGUCUUCUGUAAGGUUAAUGGUUAAGGUACAUGAAAGAAAUGAAGUAGGAAAAAUAUUUGAUUGCUUAGAACUAAACUUUUCAUUGGGUGUUGUGGUAGCGUUGAAUGUAUUAGUGCAUACAUGUGUGUCGAGCAGUGUGCUUACAACAAAUUUUCAUAAACGGUUUAAAGCCACAGAAAUCUUUCAGUUUGAUUGGCUGAUAUUAAACUUGUUAAAGAAAUUGUAAAAAUUCUUCAUGAAACCAGACCCUGGUAUUUGAAGAUCGAAAUUGGAAGAUAUCAUAGCAAGUCAAAAAUUAAUAAACAGAUUACCAUAUAUUAUGUCUAAUGAUUUAUGUAAUUCCUUUUCAAUGUUUGAUAGGUUGUGACUUUCACGUUUUCUUCUCAUGUCUUCCGCUCCACCAUAUGGUAGUGAAAAAAAUGACUCUGGCUUUAUUUUUCCAAUUCAUAUUGUAUUGAUAUUGUUGUUUUUCAAAAUCAUCAAAAUGUCAGAAGACUUGCAAUUCAAGUGCACUCAAUAGCAAAGAAAAAAAAAUUGAAAUUAAAUAUCCCUCCAGGGCCUGUUUCAUAAAGACUAUUGUAACUUUCAUGGAAUCCUGGAUUGUGAUUGGCCACUGAGCCCUGUGUCCGUGGUAGUUCCUACACAGUUUUGAUUCUUUGUGGAAUUGGCCCCUGGCCUUUGGUUUUCCUCUUCCACAUUUCGUGACUCUCGUGUUGAUGUGGAAAAAAGUUAAUUCAAUAGUAAUGUGCUUGUGAUUUCAUGUGAUGGUCAGUUUCAUUCCACAUUUCAUGCUAUUCAUUCCUACACUGCAAAAACUCUAGUGUUGAUUUAACACCAGCCCGGUCUUUAUUUGUCCACACAAGAAUUUUUUUUUUUUACGACACCAGUUUGGAAUCAAACGGAUGCUGUUUUAAUGCUAAUUGGUGUUGUAUACACACCCAUCUGGUGUAAGACCAAAACAAAAGUGGUGUUGUUUAACACUUCUCUGGUGUGGACUUAUAUAUAUUCCAGGCUGGUGUUUAAUCAGCAGAGUUUUUGUAGUGUGUAUGUUGCAUUUUACAGUGUAAAUGCAUGUUCCAAAGUGAUGAUGGGGGGGGGGGGUCUUAAUUGGACAUAUACAUACAGAACCAUGGUUAUGGAAUAAUUGGUAUUAUUUGUAUCUUCUGUAUAAUUUUUUGGUAAUAAAUAAAACAUUUACUUUUACAAGAAA